AUGGGAUCUGCAAGCAUUGAUGAACACCAGACACUAUUGCCUUCAUAUUCACCGUCCGUAUCUCAUACGCGGUUUCGUGACCAAGAUGCGGCUUCAUCAUGGCCCGCAACAUUUGAACAGGGUCUUGAUGCGAGAAUGGCAUCUCCUGUUGCAAUGUCCUUGACACCUCAUCGAGUCAGGUCCUUUAGUACUGGCCCAUAUACUGAAAGACAAAUACUUUUACAACAAGAGGAAGAGGCCAUUUGGUCACCAGCUAGUAGCGCUGGCACAGUUACGUCUCAUGGUACCAGCAGCUUUAAAGAUGCAGUAUUCAACGCUAUCAACGUGUUAUUAGGCGUUGGUGUAUUAUCAAGUCCAUUUUCAAUGCGCUCUAGUGGUUUGCUUAUUGGUGGACUACUCUUUUUCUUCUUCUUACUUGUAACAAACCACACGGCCAAAUUACUGGGCCAAUGUCUUAGCUAUCAAGUGGGAAUGACGACGUACCCAGAUAUUGGUGAGGCAGCUUUUGGGACGCGAGGACGAGUAAUCAUUGGUAUAACAUUCUUCUCUGAGCUAUUUGCAGCUUGUGCCAUGUUUUUCGUCUUAAUUGGGGAUACACUAGCAGCAUUGUUUCCAUUGUUUACAGAGAUGCAGCUAACCGUUGUCUCGUUUUUACUUAUCAUGCCGUCAUUGUGGACUACCCACAUGUCUAUUUUGUCGUAUUUCAGUGUCUUGGGCAUCUUAUCGUCAUUUUUCUGCCUUUACACGAUCCUAUACGUUGGUUUUGACAUUGAUACGGAUGCACCGGAUUACACUUUGGGAAGUCUAUUACAUCCGCAACCUGUGCAGAUGAUUGGUGACUUAGAUCGCAUUCCAUUGGCAAUUGGUCUUACUAUGGUGGCAUUUGGAGGUCACUCGGUCUUUCCGUCGAUUUGCAGCUCGUUGGCAAACAAGGAUGAAUACCCACGCGUACUUAAUCUCUCGUAUUUACUUGUGGGACUUGUCUAUGGUGCGAUUGAAGUGGCUGGCUAUCUCAUGUAUGGAGCUGCGACUCAAAAAGAAAUCACUUUGAAUCUCAUUGCAUCGUAUCCAUGUGCAUUCACAAAGUUGGUGGUUUGGACAAUUGCAUUAAACCCAAUGAGCAAAAUUGCAAUCACGAUUCAUCCUAUCGCUUUAGCAAUAGAAGAGUUCAUGCUCUCACCAAGUCAAAAACGCGCAGCUGCACGCAACAAAUCAAGCUUGAAAUUGGUCUGUUAUCGUGCUAGUAUCCGUACAUUCCUGGGAGUCGGAGCUUUGUUUUGUGCAUUAUUCGUACCUUACUUUGCCCGUGUCACAUCGUUCCUUGGAGCAUUUUUUGCUAUGCUCGUCUCGGUCUUUCUGCCGUGUAUCUGCUACCUCAAGCUCUUUUCGCACCGUUUAUCAAAGAAAGAGAUUGUACUGAAUGCAGGAUUGGCCGGACUUGCAAUCGUUUUCAUGAUAUUUGGCACCCUAGCGUCAUUUUUGUCCCCCGCAGAGUAA